GCCGUUGUAACUUCAAACGGUCACUAAGCAAAUGGUUGUAAAUUGAGGAUUACCUUUACUCGGCACAGUGGCAACUUGACAAACCAUUGUGCUAGGAGGAAUCAAUUUUUCCUUGAUUUGAUUACUUGAUUGUGUGCUGUCAAGGUAGUGUUGGCUGUUAAUAACGGUCAUUAUUAAUGACCGUUAAUAAUGGUAGUGUUGGCCAUUAAUGGCCAUUAAUUAUGCCUUCUCCAGCAUAAAUUGCCCCUUCAACUCUUCCAGUAAUGGAACCAUGACUACUUUUAACUGAGUCCAUUCACCUUGUAUUAGUUGUUGUCCUCUUUUCUUUUCUUCUGUGUUUCCCACUCUUAUGGAGUAUGCAAGCAAGCAGAAUCAUUGCAUAAUAUGAUAAUUUAAGAUAAUUUAAGAUAACACGUCAGCAGCACCAAGGUGCUUCCGUGUUGACAGGAUUAGUUGGUGAUAUCACCGUUGCCUGGGGCACGCCCAGUUCAGUGCUCCUUUCAUGUCCCCGACAGGAGCUGGAGUAAAGGACGGGAGCUCACCCCGCCUUACAACAGCACUGGGUCUCGAACACGGGCUUGCUGACCUCCAAUCUAGCGUCCUAACCACGCAAGCCACCAUGCUCCCAAUUGUCUUGAUGAUCCACGUAUUUGUUGUCUGGGGAAUUCUGGGAGUUGAAGUCCACAGAUAUUAAAAGUUGCCACACCUAAUUUACAUGCUUUGAUCCAGGGAGUGAAAUUGUUACCAAACAAGGAAAAUAUAUAUUUACGCUUCUCCCACCUGAAGUUAAAUUGUUCUCAAACAAUUAAACUUUUUAAAAAAAUUAUCUCUCAUUUCUCUCCCUCUCUCUCUGUCUACAGUAUUUUUCAAUGGGCUCUUAUUUUCGCUUGCCAUGUCCUCAAAGGGGAAGAGAAAGGGCCACAGUUCAUCCGAAGAGCGCAGCAAGAAGCACAGGAAGGCCAUCAGUCUGAAUUUGAAGAUGAAGAUAAUCAAAGCCUACGACGCCGGGAAGAAGGUGAACAUCAUCGCUCAAGAAGAAGGCCUGGCCCAUUCUACCAUCUCCACCAUUUUGAAGAACAAGGAGCGGAUCAGGGAGGCCAUGAAAGGAUCGCCGGGAACGAAAGCCAUUAUCACCAGGCAACGCAAAGGCCUCAUCCAUGAAACAGAGAAACUCCUGAUGCUUUGGAUCGAGGAUCAGUUCCAGAAAAGGAGUCCCAUCAGCCUCCCUCUCAUUCAGGCCAAGGCCCGCAGCAUUUUUGCAACCCUGAAGGAACGAGUGGGCGAGGAGUGCACUGAAACGUUCACAGCCAGCCGUGGUUGGUUCAUGCGCUUCCAGCAAAGGUUUAAUUACCACACCGUGCACCCGCCAGGCGAUGUUGUGGGUGCCGACGAAAAAGCAGCCCAACGCUUCCUGGAUGUCUUUGACGAUCUCAUAGCAGAAGGGAACUAUUUGCCCGAACAGAUAUUCAGCGUGGACAAAACCAGGUUAUUCUGGAAAAAAAUGCCUGAGCGGACCUACCUUCACCAAGAGGCCCAAGCUACGCCUGGAUACAAGGCCUUUAAGGACAGGAUCACUUUGCUGUUGGGUGGAAACGUUGCUGGAUUCAAGCUGAAGCCGUUUCUGAUCCACAAAUCAGAGGAUCCCCCCGUGUGCGAAAACAUUGGCCAGCAGACCCUGCCCGUUUAUUAUCAAUCUGAUCAGAAAGCUUGGAUGACCCAAGUCGUCUUUGAGGAUUGGUUUGUGAAUUGCUUCAUCCCCCAAGUGCAGGAAUAUUGUUUUCAAAACAGAAUCCCUUUUAGAAUUCUUCUGCUCCUCAAUAACGCCCCUGGAUAUCCCCUGCACCUGGAGGAUGUCCAUCCAGACGUGAAGGUUGUUUAUCUACCCAAAAACACCAGCCCUUUCCUACAGCCCAUGGAUCAGGGAGCUGUGUUGACCUUCAAAGCGUGCUAUUUACGGGCCAUGCUGGCCACAGCCGUUGCCGCAACGGAGGACAACGGGGUGUCCUUGCGCGAGUUUUGGAAAGCGUAUGAUAUCAACCACUGCAUCGAAAACAUUGCGACGGCCUGGAAGGAUGUCAGCCUGAAAUGCAUGCAAGGGAUUUGGGAACGGUGCUUAAAACGCUUUGCGCUCCUUGUCCGUAAUUUUGAAGGCUUCGACCCCAACGAAGAUUUGGAGGAAAUCAGUCACAACAUUUUGACACUCACCCAAGCCCUCAGUUUAGAGGUGGAUGCGGAAGAUGUGAAAAAAUGGAUCGCCUACCAUGAGGGAGAGCUUUCCAAUGAAGAAUUGAUCGAACUGAAAGAAGAAUUGGAGGCCCAAGGCAUUGCGGAGGAAGAAGAUUAA